AUGUAUUUGAGUCGAUCGAUUAAGCAACUUCUUGUGGAAUCUAGUUCCGUACUAGCAAAUUGUGAUAGAUUUUCAUCAUGGACAGAUAUGAAAGAUUGUAAGAGGAAAAUUGAUGUGGGGACUUAUGAUCCUCGUGAGUUUGGUGGUUUCUUUGGGUCUUUUGAUGACUCUGGCAAGCUGACUUCCAUCGGCAUGUAUGUGUGUCCCAUUACAAGGUUCAAUGACGCACCCCUCGGAAGCAACUACAAAGUCACCAAUGAUGAUGAAGACGACGACCAACCCACUCUCUACCAAUCAUAUGAUCAUCCUUUAGCCACAGUCAACCAUAAUGGGACGCGUGAAUAUCAAAUGCCUCAUGAUCAUGAGCUCUCUGAUGGUUAUAAUGUCAAGGCCAUCGUUCAUAAGCCCAAGUUCGAAGACAAGAUGAGUCUCUACCAAUCAUCUGAUCGUCUAGCCAGAAGCACUAACAAUCGGACACUUGAGUAUCAAAUGCCUCAUGAGUUCUCCGAUGGUUAUCAUGUCAAUCCCAUUAUUGGUCGUAAGCCUAAGCUCAAAGAUGGGAUAUUCUCAAAGUUGGGGCGCCUUUUCAGAAAUCUCUUGGAUUAA